CAUGUUCGGCGGCAAGAAGUACUAUGGCCUUACGGGCACUAAUCUGAAUAUCGCAGUCGGUAUCAUUGCCGGUCUCGAUUUCCUACUAUUUGGUUAUGACCAAGGCAAGCAUUAUUCUUACAUACAAUUGACUCGAUCAAUCAUGCUGACCGACUAUCANGGUGUUAUGGGUGGUCUGCUCACUCUCAAGUCUUUCAACCGCACCUUCCCCGAAAUCAAUGUCGACUACCCUCCGCGUGGCCAGUCUAGCGCAUACACCUCGACCAUCCAAGGCAUUUCAGUAGCCUCCUACAACCUGGGAUGCUUUGUUGGUGCACUGGCUACGAUCUGGAUUGGCGACUGGCUUGGACGUCGCAAGACAAUCUUCCUGGGAUCCGCCAUCAUGGUCAUUGGUGCCACGCUACAAACAUCUGCUUUUGCUCUUGCACACUUGAUCGUUGGAAGAGUUAUCACAGGAAUUGGUAAUGGCAUGAAUACAUCUACUGUGCCGGCAUGGCAGAGCGAAUGUUCGAAAUCGCAUCGUCGUGGUCAAAUGGUGAUGAUCGAGGGCGCCCUUAUCACUGGAGGUGUCAUGAUGUCCUACUGGAUUGAUUUCGGCUUUUCCUACCUCGAGCCGUCAACAGUGUCCUGGCGCUUCCCUAUCGCUCUCCAAAUCUUGUUCGCCCUUAUUAUCCUCAUGUUUAUCUUGGGUUUACCUGAAUCACCACGUUGGCUCAUCAUGAAAGGACACGAGUCCGAGGCCAUGGAAGUGCUCUGCGCCCUGAAUGACAAGUCCGAAGAAGAUCCCUACAUUGUUUCCGAGUUUGCCGCCAUUAAGGACUCCGCUUUGGUCAUGCAACAAGGCGGUUUCAGGGAUCUUUUCACUAUGGACGAGGACCGAAACUUCCACCGUGUCGUUCUGGCUUACGUCAAUCAGAUGUUCCAACAGAUCUCUGGUAUCAACCUUAUCACCUACUACGCCGCCAACAUCUACAGAAACAGCAUUGGACUUUCUGACUUCCUCGCACGUAUCUUGGCAGCUGCCAACGGAACCGAGUACUUCGCUGCUUCCUGGAUCGCUGUCUUCACAAUCGAGAAAUUUGGACGUCGCCAACUCAUGAUCUUCGGUGCUGCAGGCCAGGCCGCAUCCAUGGCCAUCCUCGCCGGCACCACUUCGCACACAUCAUCCGCUACUGGUAUCACUGCUGCUGUCUUCCUAUUCGUCUUUAACACCUUCUUUGCCAUCGGUUGGCUGGGCAUGACUUGGCUGUAUCCUGCUAAUUUGCUUUCCAGCAUGGUCGUCAUGAUUACCCCUGUCGCAUUCGAUACCAUUGGAUACCAGACUUACAUCAUUUUUGCUGUCAUCAAUGCAUUCAUCGUCCCUUGCGUCUAUUUCUUCUAUCCCGAAACCCGACUUCGCUCCCUCGAAGAGAUGGACGAAAUCUUCCGCAACUCAACCUCCGUCUUCAAUGUUGUCAAGGUUGCCCGCGAUACACCCAACCGCUACGGCAAGUCAGGUGAACUUCUCAUCAACUACCUCGAUACCGAAGCCGCAGCUGGCGCCGACAGACGUCGCAGCUCGCUGGUCGAGCCCAAGUACGGCAAGACCGGUGGCAAGGCCGAUGGUGAGCAGGUCGAGAGAUUGGAGACUGGUUACGGAUCCAGCUCGGCAGGUUCGCAGAACGAGAAGGUA